CGAUCGGUUGAUCCGAGCGGAGAGUAAAUAGAAGCAGGAGCCCAAAAUGGCGGAGUCUUCCAGUCCCGUUCGCGGCGCGGCGCCGCCGGAGCAGGAGUCGUUCGGCGCUAGGCCGCCUCCGGCCGCCAAGGCUUCGCGGGGGCCCCAGCCGGCCGCCAAGAGGCUGAAGGGAGCUGACGAGAAGGGCCUGAAGGGCCCCAAGCGCGUCAACGGCGAAGGGGGCGGCGGCGGGAGCAAUAGGCAGCCGCCACCACCGCCAGCGUCGGGCUACGGCGGCCCCACCGCCUGGGGCUUCGCGGCGCUCCCUGCCGGCCCACCUGGGGGCGGGGGAGGCUUCGCUUUCCCCUCUCAACUGCACGGCAAGCUGUUGCCGCCCGCCGUGUUGCUGCCGGCCCCCUCCCACCCGCAGCACCAGCACCGCCACCACAGGCAUCGCCUGGACCCGGCCGCCGAUGGGGCUGGCAGCGGCAGCACCAGCAAACCCAAGAGGCCCAAGGAGAAGCGGGACAAGGAGAAGAGGAAGCACGGGGCCCUGGCGGCGGGAGGCGGCCUGAGUGCGGCCGGCCGGGAGGAGAACGGCGAGGUGAAGCUGCUGUUGCAGAAAGAUCAAAUCAAAGACAAAAUUAAAGAGAGGGACAGAGAGAAGCAGAAAGAAAAGAAGAAACAUAAAAUAAUGAAUGAGAUCAAGAAAGAGAAUGGAGAGGUCACAUUAUUGCAGAAAGGUGGGAAGGAGAAACCAAAAACCAAUGCAGAAGAAUUACUAAUUAAAAAGGUAAAGAAGAAAAAGAAAAAGAAACACAAAGAAUGUGAGAAAAGGAAGCGUCCAAAAAUGUACAGCAAAUCUAUUCAGACCAUCUGCUCAGGAUUGUUUUCUGAUGUUGAGGAUCAAGAAGCCAAAGGCAUCAUAGAGGAUCAUCUUAAGGAUUGCAGUGAGAUGAAUAUGGAUCCCAAGAAGGACUGUGGGUCCAAGAUACCCAAGAACAGUGAGUUUCCAUUUGUCUCGUUAAAGGAGCCACGGGUUCAGAAUAAACUCAAAAGGUUGGACACAUUGGAGUUCAAACAGCUCAUUCAUAUUGAGCACCAGCCUAAUGGAGGUGCAUCAGUUAUCCAUGCCUACAGUAAUGAACUCUCUCACUUGUCUCCUGUGGAGAUGGAGAGGUUUGCAGAAGAGUUUGUGGGUCUGGUUUUUAGUGAAAAUGAAAACUGUGCAGCUUACUAUGUAAUGGGUAUUGUUCAUGGGGCAGCUACUUAUUUACCUGACUUUUUAGACUACUUUUCAUUUAAUUUUCCCAAUUCACCAGUGAAAAUGGAGAUUUUGGGAAAGAAGGACAUAGAGACAACUACUAUGUCAAAUUUCCAUGCUCAGGCUUAUUUUGUCCAUUGUAAAUGGUUCCCUGGGUGUUCGCUCUUACUUGAGGUAAAAAGAACAUACUCCCAUGGUACAUAUAGAGCUGGCCCAAUGAGACAGAUCAGCUUGGUUGGAGCAGUGGAUGAGGAAGUGGGAGAUUACUUUCCAGAGUUCCUUGAUAUGUUGGAAGAUUCACCUUUCUUAAAAUGUACAUUGCCGUGGGGGACGCUCUCUAGUCUAAAAUUAGAAAGUCGUAAAGAUAGUGAUGAUGGUCCCAUCAUGUGGGUACGUCCAGGAGAACAGAUGAUCCCUGUGGCUGACAUGCCAAAGUCACCUUUCAAAAGGAAAAGAACUACCAAUGAAAUAAAAAACCUGCAAUACCUACCUCGAACUAGUGAGCCCCGUGAAAUGCUCUUUGAAGACAGGACACGAGCCCAUGCAGAUCACAUAGGACAAGGUUUUGAACGACAGACUACAGCUGCUGUAGGAGUGUUAAAGGCUGUGCACUGUGGAGAGUGGCCUGAGCAACCUCGUAUAACCAAAGAUGUAAUUUGUUUUCAUGCUGAAGAUUUCUUAGAGGUAGUUCAGCGAAUGCAAUUAGAUUUGCAUGAGCCUCCACUCUCACAGUGUGUCCAGUGGGUUGAUGAUGCAAAACUUAACCAACUGCGAAGGGAAGGCAUUCGAUAUGCUAGGAUUCAAUUAUAUGAUAAUGACAUUUAUUUUAUUCCAAGGAAUGUUGUGCACCAGUUCAAGACAGUUUCAGCUGUAUGCAGUUUGGCUUGGCACAUUCGGCUCAAGCUAUAUCACUCAGAGGGAGAAAUUUCUCAAAAUGCAAGCACCUAUGAAGCAGGCACAUCUGCAGACCCCAUGUCUUCGGUUAUUGGACUUCAGACUGACAAUGUAAUCUGUACAAUAAGCAAAAAUACCUCCGAAGACACCAAAUUUUCAGAUACUCUGCAAACUAAAUAUGUACAGCAGGAGUUCACACAGAUAAAACAUGAACUUAUUGCAUCUCACCGAAUUAAAGAGGAAUCCAUGAAUGUUAAUCUCCCUGAGAAGACAAUGGCACCUAAUGAUAUGGAAUGUCAGAAUGUCAAAGGAAAAUUGGAUAAUGUUGAAUUGACAGGAUUUAAGUGUAAAGUGGACUCUAAAUUUGAACCUGGCAAUGACUUACAGGAUAAGUUGUGCUCUGGAAGUCACAUAAGUCUGUAUGAUACAAGACAACAGGGUUCAACAUAUCCAAAUCUGCAUGGACAAAGAGAAGAUGACUUUUUGUGCUAAAUUUGUACAUAUCGUUUUAAAUUCCUUUUUAAACUGAAUGACGUAAUAAUGUAAAGAUUCAUAAAUUCUGUGAGGCAAGCUUGUGACUUGCCCUCGCAUCUGUUACAGAAAAUAGUUUAUGUAGCUUUGUAACAUUCCUCAGUGCCUGUCCAUAACUGUGAAGUAUCAAAGCACUUAGGGCCAGAUGCACUGUAAACACUGCAGGUUUAACAUAAAGAAGUCUUUAAAUAAUUUGAGUUGUAGGUUUUAGAGUAGAGCUGACAUUUAACAUAUAUAUUUUUUGUAAGAUGAGCCAGAAUUCUUUUUGACAAUUCCAGGCUUUUCCAUAGAGCUUAUUUAUACCAAUUUUUUUCAUUUUAAAUGUGUCAGCACUGUAGUGUAAAUAGCUUUUUUAAAAAUCUUUUUAGUGUGAUUUAUACUGAAAUGUGAGCCGCUUAAUAAAGGUUCAGAAUAACAAA